AUGGCGAAAUCCUUCUCCCUGGAAGCGUUCAAAUUCUCCGUCUACCUCUCCAUUCCAAUCGCGAUGACGGUUUUUUUCGCCAUGAACCCGAGCAAUUUAGAGGAAAUCAUUCGGAACCGAAUGUACGUCGUGUACCCGGCGAGUGCGCCGGAUCCACCCUCGGACGAGGAGAUGAAAAGGUUGAUUGAACGUAAUAAGAAAAAAAGAGGAAAAGAUGCCGUGAACAACAACAACAACAAGUGGGGGUUCUUCAGUCGCGCCCAAAAGUGA